AUGCGCCGUUGCGGCGAUGCUCGCAGGCUGUUUGCGCAGCCGGAGCGGAUGCGAGCGGUGGAGAACUGCGGUGGUCUGCUCUGGUCGGAUGAUGACAACUCCGAGGAAGGACUCACCACUAUCCAUUCAGGAAGACAUGAGUAUGCAUUCAGCCUCGAGCUUCCACAGACACCUCUGGCUACCUCUUUCGAAGGGAAGCACGGCAGUGUGCGCUACUGGGUGAAGGCAGAACUCCACAGGCCAUGGCUCCUGCCCAUGAAGACCAACAAGGAAUUUACACAGGAACGGACAUUAUUAUUAUUAACCCUUUUCCUCUUUCUUCAGUCACCACAGGCUGGCACGAAAGACAAGACGCUUUGCUGUUGGUUCUGCACCUCAGGUCCCAUUUCCCUAAGUGCCAAAAUUGAAAGGAAGGGAUACACCCCAGAUCCUCUGCACAUCUUUGCACGGCCCAUCGUUUCAGUGUCCUUCUUCAGUGACAGCGCUCUCUGCUUCGGUUGCCGCUUCCAGUUCAAACCGACCCGGGUGUCAGAGCCUGUGUUUGUCCUGCCUGUGAGGAGAGGGAGUGGCACAGUGCUCAGUGGUUACGCUGCUGAUGACAUCACUCAUUGCAUCAGACCCCAAGACAUAAAGGAGCGGCGUGCUGUUAUCAUCCUUAGAAAGACCAGACCUGAUGCUCCUCGACUGGACUCUGACAGCCCUUUAAGGUCUUCUCCUGCAGAGAGACCCGCUCCUCUGAAAGCCAAACGCUCUCAUCGCAAAGCAGACCCUGAUGCUGCUCACAGGCCGAGAGUUCUAGAGAUGGACAAAGAGGAGAACAGACAUCCAUCAGUGUCACGUCACCGUCAUCACAGCAUCAGCUCAGAGAACUACUGGAGGCGUGGUCAAGACUCUGACAAACACCGGGAGAGUUCAGGACACAAAGUCAAAAUGAGACGCCACUGAGCACUUCUCUAUCAUACAUAUACUCGCUCUUUUACGUAUUUCAAUGUUGUAACAUUCUUUGAUCAGUCAUCAUUUUCUUGCUCCACUUUUAGUCUGGCACAAGGAGCAUAAAAAUCAUUGUCUGCAUUUUGGUUUGAGUCUGGAUAAGUUUGAGUGUAUAUUUGUUUCUGGCAGACCUUGGGUUAGCUACUACAGUUAGGCAUUGAUGCCAACGGUUCAAUUCUUGUUUCUAUGUCCAUAGAUACUUCAAAAUGGCAUGUAUUUUUUGUAACCGAGAUGUACAGACUGAAAGAGCUAUAAGAAAGAUGUAUGUAUGGACUUGUACAAAAGAAAACCUAAGCUGUAAUCUAACUUGUUAUAAUGUAUUAUACAUUUGUAUAGUCUUUGAUUUGUGGAACUUUUAUGCAGAAAGAAACCUUUGGUUUUUCGCACCAACAUUUCUGAUCCUGUACUGUGCCAUGCCAGAUCUUUGCUGUUAGUUCACUUCAGCCUCCCUGUUGCAGUUUAAGUUGAAACAGCUGGCAGAUGUGCAGCCAUGCUGUCUGCGUUAUGAUUUUACUCAGCUUUAUGGCUCAUCUUGGUGGAGGUCACAAUAUGGUGCAUCAACCAAACUAAUGGAGUGAUGAAAAACUCAGGCCUUGUUUUACACUCCUGUUUCAGUCUAAAGUUGCUUUACCUUAUUGAGUAACAGGCCAUGCUGUUGCUGCUCUGAAUUAAAUCAAAUUUUUCCUAAUUUAAAGUGAGUGAUAUGUGGGUUAGUCAGAACUUAAUUUGAGCAAAACCAAUUAUGUGUCUAACUGGCGUCUAAACAUUCAGGCAAGAAGAAAGUGAAUUUCCAGAUGUAUGUGUCCUUGCAGUUUGCUGUGUAAGCAGAGAUUGCUUGCUCCCAGUCAGUCAUAUUUGGCAGCGGUACUUAUUAGCUGACUGCUAGGUUAGUCUGGAGUUACACAUGAACAAAAAUAACCUUGGUUCAGAGGAGAAAUUACUUUCUAAAAACAGGCUGAGUUGUGUUCAUGGUUUUCUAAAGCUCUUCAAGUUGCAGUUAAAAAUAAUUGCAAGAAGCAAGUACUGAAGCCCUUCUAAGAAUGGGACACUAACUUUGUGGACACAGUGGUGGCACACAAGGUGGUUGCAUGGGUUUCAGUGGUCACAUUUCUGGCUACAAGGGUGCAGGCUGAAUGAAAUAAAGCUGGAAUUGUUUCCACAGAGAUGGUCUGCCAUUCAUUAAAGUAAGGUUGUCCCUCAACCAAACUGUUCAAGCACCAGCCCAAGGGACUACAAACUGGAGUGUGUCUUCUACUGCCCGGAGCAGUAGUUACUUAUAUAAUUAGGCAUAUUUAGGGAGGGAAGGUAUAGUGGAGAUGGGCUGCCAUCCUGAAAUCUAGCAGUUUCUAGCACCAGGAUUGCUGUUUUAUUGAUUAAUGUUAAUUUAAGUUUCUAGGAUCAUGUCAGUUAAGUGAGGAUUUUCAGUCUGGAUAAAAGUUUGGGCCUUUGCAAUUACAUUUCUGUGUUCUUCUAAUAAUUCCUUAAUUUGUACUUAGUUUGUAUAUUAUGCAUCCUUGAUAUUUCAAGAAAGUCUGCCGGCGGUCGGCUAGUUUAGCUGUAGUUUGGCACAGCUAUGGUUCGUUAUUGCGUAUUCAUAGCUGACCGCCGCAGAGCUGCUAUUCAAGGACAAUGCUGUUGAUUUACCUGUUAUCCUUUUAUCAAUUGCUAAAUUUUGUUCCUGAUGUGUGACACCCGUCCCACAGUCUUGCAUGUAAAAGUCCAGAUGAUUGUUCACAUUACUCCUUAUCUUCUGAAGGUGUAAAUAGGCAACCCAAGUGGCCAAACACAUAGAUUUAUUACAAGCUGUGUGAUGUUUUUUGUGUGUGAAGCUUAAUGUGCUUGCUCUCUCUAAUGGACUUCUCUCCUAAUGUAAUCCUUCAGGCCUGGAAAUGAAAAAGAAGGGGCUCAAAGCAGUGAUCAGCCCCUGUUCAUCUCCAUGCUGCCUCUGCUGAGGGAGGGGGACGUGGUUCUGACUGCCCAGCCUGAGCUCACCUCCUGGUCAACGCCUGGCACCUCUCUCUCUACCCGUGGGAGACUCAGCGCCUGGCUCAGCUCGACGCCGCUGAUGCUGGAUGCCGCAGACAGACACUUAAAAUCCUCAAGGCAGCAUGCAGACUGAAUCCCGCCUUGCGACCACUCGAAGCCGCCCCGCUAACCAAUCUCAUCCUGCACCGCAGCGACAGUGAGAGCAGCUGGUCCAAGAUCAGCCUGGAUGUGAGAUUCCAGCAGUGUAUUGUAGAGCUGAUUGGCUACCUAGAACAAGGGGCGUUGCACAGUUACUUCAAGCCAGCUGUCAAUCUGCUCAGCGGCUUGUCAGAGGACCAGGUGGAUCAGAUGGUUUUCAUGCUCUACUGCGCUGUGUCAGAGCCUGAAAUACUGCUCAUAUAACAGUCUGCACAUACAAUACAUUUCUCAAGCUCUGACACACACCAAGAUCAAAGGAUAAUCUUUUAUCAUCCAAGAUUGGUUCAUGGCAAAGACAUUGUAUUCUUCCCACCGCCUUCUCUCGUUGUUUAUCUCCUCCGUCCUGCAUCGAUGCAUGGGAACAGCGUACAGUUGGAAUGAUGAACUGGCAGGCCACCAUGGACAUCUACGCUGCAGGAGGAAAAGCUACAGGGAGACUUCAGAUGUGAAAGUGAUAAUCAAGCUUAGCCAGCCAGUGCAAGGAAAGAAUACAUACCAAGGAAAGGAGCUGAGGAAGAGUUUAUCAAGGUGUUUGAAACGAUGCUUCAGUAUGUGCCUGAUCAGAAGAGUCAGUGAUGGUGAGCUUGGCCAGGUUCAGUUCAGUAUAUCCAUUAACAUCAGAAUAGCAGUUUAUUGCUUCAGUGCAUACAUUCUUUCUGUCUUUAAAUUGAUGCCGUGUGCUGUGUAUAAUUUUCCUGAAAAUCCUUAAUAUAUUUCAACUAUGCAGAAAAAUAAUGACCUGCUGACACCCACCAGGUUUUGUGCACUUAUUAAGCUACUCAGUCUGUCUGAGUUGGACUUAAUGAACUCAGCAUGUAUAUUUUAUUAUACUGGUGGUGGAAGUGUGCAGUAUUUUGUUUGACUUGUUUAGUGUUCAGUCUAUUGCCAAUCAUUUGGGUAAACUAACCCUUUUCAAUUAUGGGUUAAGUUUCCUAAUAAUUUUAUGCACUUGCUUUUACAUACAGUAUGAAUGUUGUGGACAUUUCUUCAGUUGUGUUUCCUU